AUGACGAUGAUGAUGACUGGCCGUGUGCUGCUGGUGUGUGCCCUCUGCGUGCUGUGGUGCGGCGUUUCGGUGGUGAUGGCGGAGGCCGGCGGCGGUGAUGCGGAAGAGAAUAUGGUCUUAACUUGGUAUCCUGAGACUAAGAAGGGUUGCGAGAACCAAAGUACGAAGGAAGGAAAGUUGAAUAAGUCAGCGUUUAAGAGCUGUAUGCAUGAAUCGAUGAAGGAGAUUUGCGACGCUUAUUAUAGUGAGAUGCCGAGUACAUCUCGUGAGCCUGCAGCUGUGGAGAUUUGCAACAAUUACACUGGCGAUCCAGAGAAGGCCGACGAUGCCUCAAAAUCGCAAGACAAAUCGCCGCAUGAUGCGGUAACACCGGAGGCAGUAACAACUCCAGAAACAGCAAAGGUCGAUGCAGCAGAAAUGGGAUCAACACCGGGAGUACCAGCGGGUGAUUCACCAGCAAAUCCAACAGAAGGGCCACACUCAACCUCAGCUGCCACCGAUACUGCAAAUAGUGAAGCUGAAAAGGACGGUAAAAAAGUGACGCUGAAGAAUGCACCGGAAUCCAACGCCACAAGGAAAGAAGAAGUAGAAGAGGGUGAAAAGAAUCACAAUAGUGCGAAGGAAACACCAGUCGACGCCGAUACAAUGAAAAAUGUCACGACGACUGCCGGGAAUGACGGCAGCACCGCGGUCUCCCACACCACCUCCCCUCUUUUGUUUCUUCUUGUUGUUGUUGCGUGUGCGGCUGCGGCUGCGGUGGUGGCCGCGUGA